AUGGAGGUUGAGACGCCGCUAGCGGAGAUGCCGCCACCAAGCGCCGCCACUGCUGCCGUCUCCAACGGAGAUUCCGGUGCCGUGGCCGAGGGAAAUGGGGAGGCGGCGGCGGAAGGGGGUGGGGACAGCAGCAAUGGCGGGGUGGAGCAGCCAUAUCAGGGAAAGGUGAAGGGGAUUAUUUACCCUCCCCCCGACAUCCGGGCCAUCGUGGACAAGACGGCUCGCUUCGUGGCGAAGAACGGCAAGAGCUUCGAGGAGCGCAUCCAGGCCAGCGAGGAGGGCAAGAGCGCCAAGUUCAACUUCAUGCGCCCCCACGACCCGUACUACGCCUACUACGAGUUCAAGAUCCGGGACUUCGAGGAGAAUGGAGACGCACCCAGGGCGGCUCCGGCAACGGCAGCCACUGCGGAGGCCGGGGAUGGUGAGGGGGGGGGCGCGGACGGGGACGAGGACGGGAGUGGUGCUGGUGCCGCUGGGAAGUCGGACAAGAAGGCCGCCCCGGCGUCCGUGUCGCGCAAGGCGGUGAUGGCCCCCAUUGCGAAGGCGGUCAAGUCCCUCAACAAGGCCACCGAACCGAGGGCUUUCGAGUUCAGCGUGGGGCACCCCACGGGUCUCACCGCUCUCGACGUUGACCUUAUCAAGCUCACGGCGCAGUUUACGGCUGUGGGGGGGAGAAACUUCCUGGCGGAGCUGGCUAAGCGAGAGGCCAGGAAUGAACAGUUCCAGUUCCUCAAGCACACGCACGCGCUCUUCAGCUACUUCACAAGCCUGGUAGACGCGUACACCAAGGUUCUCCAGCCGACCGCGACGCAGCGGGCGUACGUGGAGUCCGGGCGAGAUCGACAGCAAACGCUGGAGCGGUGCGUGCACCGGUGGGAGUUCGACAGGGAGAAGAAGGCCAAGAAGCAGGCCACGCUGGCAGCGGCAGACGCGGACAGGAUAGCCUUCCGGUCCAUCGACUGGCACGACUUCGUGGUCGUCGAGACGAUUGAAUUCCCAGAUGACGAGCUUGUGGAGCCAUUGGAGGGACUAGACAUUGCGGAGGAUGGAAUAGAGCUACCGCCACCUCCCGCCCCCGAGCCGGAGGUUGACCUGGCUCCAAUCAAGCCUAACCUACUGCCGGAGGCAGAGGAGGAUGAUGACGAGGACAUGGACAUGGACAUGGACGAUAGCGACCAGGACGAUGACGAAGUUCCGCCGCCGCCCCUGCCGCCCGGCCCGCCGCCGCCGCCCCAGCACGGCGAGGAUGAUGACAUCCACGUGGUCACCGACUACAAGCCGGGAGUCGCCACGGGCUCCGCCACGGCCUUGCCAACCAUGGUCAUCGACCCCAUCACGGGGGCGACGGUGGCCGCGUCAGAGCUGUCGGAUCACAUGCGGAUCCAGCUCAUGGACCCGAAGUGGAGGGAGGAGCAGGCGAGAGCGGCGGCGAAGCAGAAGGACACCGCUCUCGCGGAGGGAGAAUCUAUCGCGGCGUCGCUCAAGUCGCUGGCGAGGAAGCGCGGGGAUAUCUUCGGGUCGGCGGAGGACGAAGAGCAGCAGCUGCUCAACGAAUCAAACGCGCGCAAGAAGCGGAAGGAGGAGGUGACCCGCGUGCUCUGGGACGGCAACAUCGCCACGGCCACCGCGGCCCGACAGGCCGCUCUCCAGAAGCAAAUAAACACCCCGAGAACUGCCCAACGGACCGGCCCCAUCUCCAACAUCGGCCCGCAGGUGUCCGGCAGGGGCGGCGGCAGGGGGGGCGCGCAGAUGCAGUCGCUGCCGCCGUUGCCUCCGGGGAACCCUCCGCCGCCGCCGCCGCCGCCUGCUGACGACGAAGAGGAAGGGGAUGUGCCGCCCCCGCCGCCCCCGCCAACGAUGCCCCCGCCGCUUCCGCGGUAACUGAAGGAGGGAGAAACAACGCCUUCGGGUUUCCCCCGCGGGUGGCUUGAUUUGGAUUGGGCGGCGGCGGGGACGCUGGUGGAGCGUCCCCGGGAUUAACGGGUUGGCUCGGUUCUAAGUUGUUGCUUGGAGGAGGGAGGAUGAAUGAUAGAGAGGGGAGGGGGUAGGCGACAGGCUGGGGGAGAGAAGGAAGGAGGGGUAGGGGCCAAGGAGAACCUACAUGCCGGAGACGGCUUUUGGCGGAAGGCCAUGCAGGGAGAAUGUGAUGCUAAACGAAGGCGCCGGAUCGUUUGACGCUCUUCGUCUGUGGAGUUUAAGCUGUGCUCUGGGCUAGGCCGAGGUGAUCAUGUCGGUCUUUGGGGAGUGGGAAUGGUUGGCGCCUGGUCUGGAGGAAGUGGCUAGAAAGGGGGGAGGAUUGGCGAGCUGACGUGAGGUGAGGGUGGAAGGCCGCGCUUCGGCUGAUCGAAGAGCGAAUCCACGGAAAGGGAAACAAAGCUUUUUUCCCCCUAUUUUACAAAAAAAAAAAGGGGAGUCGGUUGGACGAAGAUCGGAUUCGCCGAUUAAAAAUUCCUGCAAACUUGCUCCGACGGAUAGUUCUCUGCUUUUCGUUCAAGUGGUUUGUUUGCAGUGAACGCUGGCCACGCAAAAUGGCCUAGUAGAAUUAUCCAUAGUACAAUAGUUUUUGCUUGCCCUUCGGCGUGACAGCGACAAAACAAACAUCCCUUGUCGCAAGACCGAAAUCCCAUUCGUCGUAUCGGUAUGUCAUGCUUCGGAGAACAUCGUUGAAGGGUAUUUCUGAAGGCCUACGGCUUUCUAUCAAAUAUCCAAGUACUCGGGAUGAUAGUGGUGUGGGAUGCUUCCCGAGGAGGGUGCGUGUCGCUUCGGUACGAGUUUGUUGUUUUGUCAUGAUGUGAUGUGCAUCUGCUCUUGCGGAGAUAUCGUCUACGGAGAACACACCGAAAUGUCCUGUCGUCGCUGUCGUCAUGUCCUGUUUCAUGGUGUGAAAUAUUUCCACGUUUUGUGGGUCGUUGGGGGAAGAUGAUGAAUUUAUUGGUGGGGAGUGCCAUGAUGAUGAGCAUGGCGGCGUCCAUGCAGCAGGAUUUGCCAAUAGUUGUGUCGUCGUUGUCAGUAAGGGCUUGUGUGGCCACGAGGCGAUGGUAACGCAAAUUUGUCCAGACGAGGGGACGCGGGCGUUCUGGAUGCGACAUGACAUUGUUCGGGGUGCGGGUGUGAUGGCCCUGGAGUAGACUUCGGUAGUCCAAGAAACACGUCGCCGUUGAUGGUGUUCCUGCUGCAACAGUUGUCGGUAGUCGGAAGAAGUACGUCGUCAUGGAUAUGGUGUUCUCCAGGUGUGGAGGAGCAACAUCGUGUAUCCCUCGACGGGCAGGCAUGAUGUCAUAAUCGGAAUCGGUCGUGUUUUCCGUACAGCAGUACGUCGGCAUGGCUCCGACGGCACGAAACAAUUUUGUAGAGCCAGAGCAAUGCCAAGAUGAGCGUUAUCGCCAACAGUGGAUGGUCUGUCUGGUCGUUUGCAAAGGCGUGGGCCCGUUUAUCGCUCUCAGCCGGCCCGCAGGUUUCCGCGAGAGUUUUCAACAACCCAAGAGGCGAAGCAAAAGAUCCG